AUGUCAAAUUUGCCAUUGAAUAUCAAUGCAACCUUCGAAUUUUCAAUCCCUCAAACGAUAACGAGAUAUGAUAAAGUUAUAUACACACCAGUAUUUUCGACAGGGGACAAUAUUUUUUGGCAAUUGGAAUUUCAUCCGACGGAACCGGAAAAUAUAGAAUUUUGUUUAUUAUACCUUAUUGCGAUACCGAAUCCAGAUGAGACGCAAACGAUGAAAUAUUGGAAUAAGCGUUCCAACCUUUCUGCAAUGAUAUACAUCAAGAAUUACAACUAUUACAAAUCUUAUUCACUAAGAACGGAUGAUUACUCCGUGAGGAACAGAGCAUGGGGGAAGAAUUUUAAUAAGCCAUUAAAUACAAAUUGUCCGAUAACAGUUGGGGUGACAUUCAACAAUUCAAAACUAGAACGUAAUCAGAUCGAUUUACCGAUGACAACCACCCCAAAGCCAACGAGUAUUCUAAAGUUAUGGGAGGAAGAACUUUAUGAUAGGGAAUCAAAUGACAUUCAAUUUGAUUUGAAGGAUGGUACAACCUACGCUCGUAAAUCAAUUUUAUUAAAACGUUCAGAAUAUUUUCGUAGAUUAUUUCAAGGAAGUUGGAGCGAGACCAACAAGUCAUUACAAGAGAUUGAUAAUAAUUCUCAUUAUGUUAUUAAAGUUCCCGAUAUCCCUUAUGCGACAUUUAAAGAGAUGCUUAGAUACCUUUAUACAGACGAGAUAAGUUUUAAUAAUAUUAAUUGUAGUCCUUUAGAAAUAUUUAAGAUCGCUGAUAAAUAUUUAAUAUCAAAUUUAAGAGAGAUUGCUAGAAUUGAAAUUUACAAAAUGCUCACAUUAAAUAAUGCCAUGAAAAUUUUAUUUAAUGAUGCGUGGAAAUGGCCUGAUCUCAAAGAAGACGUUAUUGAAUUUAUAGUGUUGAAUUUUGAGAGAGUCAGAGAAACUGUUGAAUAUAAAACAUUGGCUUCGGAAUAUAAGGGCCAUCCUGCUGGUAUAGAGAUCAUGCAUGAGAUUGUUGGAAAAUUAAUACCAAAAAAGUAUUUAACUUAA